GUCCCCGUGCAGUCCCCGUCCGCAGCGCUCCAGGGCCGGGCACAAUGCGCAGCGGCGCCGGCGCUCCCAGCCACGAACUCUGCGUCAAACGCGAGCUGCCCUCGCCGGAGGGAACAGACAUCUACCUGCCGGCCUACCCCGUCCUGGACUACACGGCCGGCGCCGGGAGCCUCCACAGCACCGGCUGGGAGUCGCCCUGCCUCCAGUGGAGUCCGGCCGAGUCUCCGCCGCCCACAGAGCCGUCUCCAGCCCGCAGCCGUCGGCGGCGGCGACCCACCGGCGAGCGCGCGCUGUCGGGCCGCCGGCGCUCCUCCGUGUGUCACAGUCUGCAGGAGCUGCACUCUCAGCGACAGAUGGCCAACAACCGCGAGCGACACCGCACCCAGCUGCUCAACUCGGCCUUCCACGAGCUGCGACAGAUCAUCCCGACGCUGCCCUCGGACAAGCUGUCCAAAAUUCAGACCCUGCGGCUGGCGUCGCGCUACAUCGAGUUCCUGUACUGGGUGCUGCACGGCGGCGUGGACGGGCCGCCCUCACUGCCGUAUGAGAGGCUCAGCUCGGCGUUCUCCGCCUGGCGAAUGGAGGAGGAGCAGUGUCUGUCCGGUGGCCGGGCAGAGUACCGGGAUGGAGCCAGCUGAGGAACACCCAGCUGUGAGACGCGUCAAUGCGGCUGGCAGUUGCGGUGGCUCGUGCUGCCCUGAAGUGGACGGAGGCGGUUGGCCGAUUCUUGGACCGCGGUUGUCCAGCACAGACACUCCCGGCCUCUGACCAGCGCGCCCAACUCGGACCGAAUGGGACGGCCGCACCUGACUCAUCGAGCCAGCAGACUCAACGCGGUGACAAGUCAGCACAUUGCCCGACGUGUUUUAAUCACUGUACAUAUUACACUUAUUUAU